AUGAGUUUUAUUCAUCUUCUUGGCUUAACUAUUGCUCAAGAACGAGCCUCAAGGAAUGAAAAACAAACCGAUGGAAAUCGCUCAAACGAAAGCAGAGCUGAUUUAUCACGUCGUGUGUUUAUAACUGCGUUGUACUGUGGCUGUUUUUUCUCCUUCGGGACGACAAUGGCAAUUCUAGGACCAACUUUGAUCGAAUUAGGACACUUGGUUCAUCAUGGAUUGGACAUGAUGAGCUGGUUGUUUUUUACGCAGGCGGCUUAUGCUUUGCUCGGAGCAAGUGUAGCUGGAAUCAUGUUGGACAGGUAACACGCUGUAAAAUGUCAGCCCUAUUGAGGUGCUAGAUACCUUUAUAUAGCUCUUAAAAUUUCUCUUUUCCUUUAACCCAUUUAUUUUUCUGUAAACUUUAAACCGUGAAUAUUCAGUCAAAUCAUCGAUUGCAAUAUGGCGCGGUCAUGGCAAGCUAUUUUCGUGUUGCAACCUGUUUGUUAUGAUUUAUCUAUUCGAGCGAUUUAGACAAGUUGAAGUCUUAUUAGGAGAUUUUCGUCAAAUUGAAUUAAUAACUGUCGAGGUUUGGUUACUUGAGUUAUCACUAAUUGGUAUUGACUUUUCUAUUCUUGUACCACUUGAAAAAUCGCAUACACGCCUACUUACAACCGCGUCCAUGUGAGUCCCCUGAUGCAUUGCGAGCAGUGCAAUAAUGUUAACUCAGAUCGCACAAAAAGCUUACUUUCUGAUGAUAAAAUUGUAUAGAAUUGUUAAACAAUAGACCGCCGCACUUUUAAUCGGCUCAUUGGCGUAAUAACCCAAGCGGGAUGGGGGAAGAACAUCAGAACAGUUUGUAACUCACGAGCGAAUUAUUUACAAACUGUUAGGUUUUUCAAAACCGGUAUCGCAGCUAACCAGGACUUUAACGACUUUAAAGUCUUUUUGACUUCCACAGCCUGUCUACUUAGGGCUUAUAAGCAAAUAGAUCGUGGAACCCUCACCAGUGUCGUCUUAAAACAGGGUGUCCGCUUACUACAGUUACGCAACAAUAACAAGAUUGAUGUUUCAAUCUGAUUAAACUUAAACAAUCAUUUUGAUACUUUGUCUACCUCUCAGUUCUUAUGAAAGCUCGCUGAUGAAGGAGGUCCAUAGCUAAGAAAAUUGAUUAUAUAGAGUUUUGAGACACAGAAGUUGCGUUUCGCUUGUUGGUUCAACAGGUGUCAUCGAAUUCGAAUCUAUCUAGUUCUCUUCUUAACUUUUGUUCAAGUUAACUGACCUCAAUAUUAAAACCGUACAGUUCCACUCAAAUAUUCGAAAUUUCAAACGAAACCUCUUCAAGCCUCCAUUCAACAUAGGAUUUACGCGUUUGCUUCAUAACGAUUUCCGUUGGGCAAAGAUUUGUUUUACCUUAAGUAUAAAAAAGAGUCAAUCUUUCCUUCUGUCGAUGUUUCAGCCUUGCUUGGAGUGAAAAUCUAAGAAGAAGGAAGCUGACAACAAGAAGCAUUAUCUAAGUUUUAUUGUGCGUUGUGGGGUUCCCUGCGUUCAAAGUUUAUUCAUGCAUAUUAUUCACGAUUACUUCGUGUCAACACGCUUGACUUGAUCACAGACACAAGAGUAACAGCCAAACUAUCAAAUGAUACCUUCAACUUCAUUAGAAUGCAAAAAGUGACUGUGGCUUAUGAACACUACUCAUUUCUUAAAUGGCUUUAAACUUCUCAGCUGCUCAGAAAAAUCGGCCCAGCAGAGAUGCAUAUUUCUGGUGGUAUUAUUUAGGCUAUAGAGUGAUUCAUUUGACUGCCUUUAAGGAGAUCAUCCAUAAAAGGCUUGUUCUGUUUACCUGCAUGCUUGCAGCAGGUUCAUGUCAAAAAAUAACAGAAAGAAAGAAAAAAAAGGGGGGGGGUUGCAUGGUAAAAGCGACCCCCUUUAUAGGGAGAGGGCAACACGAAAUGAUAAUAAGGCAAUGCAACCUGCCUUGCCUCCAGUUGUAUAUAACAUUUAUUGUACAACCCUUCCCUUCCCCCCCUCCCCCUCGACAGGAAACUCUCCCCUCGGCCAACAUGGUUUAAUAGUUAAUAGUUUCACUGUUUCUGAUGAUUUUAUCUGUAAACAAACACGGAUUUUUUUACCAUAUCGCGGUAUAGACUUUGAAAUUUGAAAGAAACUUUCGACUAGCAAGUGGGGAAAGAAACCACCCCAAAGGAAACUUUGACAAAAAAGCCGGUUUUUUACUUCCUGAGACGGGUGACGACAGUGUCACGGAGGACAAUUUAACCUGCCACCCAUUUAGUUCGAUGAUUAACUUGGUGUAUAGGAAAACAAAUCUUUGUGUCUACAGGCCUCACAUUUAACACCAAAAUAGCUUUAAAACACAGCAAAAAGCAGCAGCUUCUAACAACGGGAGAACACGACUAAGUCGCGGGCUGCGAGACGCCUCUGGAUCGAGCUUACCUUUUUUUUAAAACGAUAUCUCUCAAGUCAUGAAGCCAUAAAGUUGGAAUUUUGCAGUAAAAGAAUUAAGUUACUGGUUUCCGAGUUGAUCCCAAGAGAAAGAUAUGCUUCGGCAAGUGAUUUUUCCGGUGAUAUGGAGGAGGAUCAAAUCUUACGCGGAUCAAGUGGAAGAUUUACGAAGAUACUUCUCUCCGCACUGCAAAUCUAUUUGUGCCCAUUUUCUGUACUUCAGCACAUUUUUUAUGUUUGGUAUGUCGGUGGGAAUGGCAGGACCAACGCUUACAGAUUAUUUGAUAUCGUUUUUUACAAAUAUUGACAUUGUUGACGUAUUAAGUUGGCUUUUAUUUACGCAGUCUACUUUUCGCUUUGUGGGCGCCAUUGUUGCAGGUACCCUUAUCGACAGGUAUAACCGGUUUGUCGGCUUUUUCAUUCCUGCUUUACCGUAGACUAGUGUCUUCAUUCUAAAGAAACCUCUGUUCAAGGGACACUUUUUCUAGUACCCAAUGCGCCCCCAAAUGGAGGUUCCAUUUCUUAAUCUUUACCUGUUUCAUUUCCAUGUAAGAGAUAAUUCUGGUCAGUGUACACUGCCCCUUGCCUUGAGCUCCUUCCGUGAAUACCGAUUCCAUAAAUAAAUGUUGACCUUCGGGUUUCAAAUAUUUUUUUUAACGUUAUUUCAUUUCUUUCCAUCUCAGAUACGACUUCAAUCGUAACCUUCUCCUUUUGUGUUUUCUGUUGCUGAACGCGAUCUUCUUAGCGGUGAUUCCCAUAUGUCGGACGUUGUGGCUUCUGAUCCUAUCAACAGCAGCUGCGGGCUUUUCUGUAGGAAUCUUAGACACUGCUACUAAUGUUCAGCUCAUUGCAAUUCAUGGGAAAAAGGUAAAGAAGGUAGAUUACUUGAGCUGUUUUGUAAUCCUGAACGUUUUUGUAGUGCAGCUUAGGUCACUAUGAUUAGCGCUCCGGAGUUUGGAUCAAAGAGUCUGGGUUCGAUUCUCAGCCAGGGUCAAUGUGUUAUGUUCUUAAGCAAAACGCCUCACUCUCACAAUGCCUGUUUCAAUUCAAGAUUAUGUAGACGAGUACUGGCGAACUGUCAGGGAAAUCAGACUAAAUUCCAAAGUAGGGGAGGGGGGCACGGUAGCAGUGAUGUACUAACAUCCCAUGCAGGGGAUGGGCGAGUAGCAAUACUUCUGGUCACUUCAAGUUUUUAUGUUUAACCAUAUCAAUACCGUAUAUCUAUACAUAUCGAUAAUUGUUCUAUAUUCUGCAAAAAAAAAACAAUUUAACCUUUCUUUUAUUUCAUUUUCCCCAAAGGUUUCUCCAUAUCUACAGGUGAGUCGAAUCAUCUUUCACCCUCCUUUUCAUUUCCUCUUCCUUUAGUUUGAGCGUUGUACUUGACUUUGAGGAAUCUACACCAGAAGUCAGUUUAUCACUAGUCAUCACUUUUUUUAUAAAACAAGAUGUCUUUGGUAACCACAGUUUGUAAUUGAGACAAGAGCGUCUGGCUUUGUCAACUGACUUAAUAUUGUAAAUUGGCCACCGCAGAGAGUGUCUAAAGCUGACGUUUCAGGUGUCAACCCUUCGCCAUUUGCUGUAACGAAGGGCUUACGCUGAAAACAUCAGCUGUAGAAACUCUUUACCGUGGCCUGUUUACAAUAUCAACUGAGUUGAUGAAACAGAUCAUCUUAAAAAUCAUCUGACGCAGCACCACAGUUUCCCUAUAAAUUUCCCCCCUUUUUUGCUUUUAAGAAAGUUCCGUAAUUGUGAUUGCAGCGCUUUUAAAAAAAUUAAAGAUUAAAGCAAAAUAAUUGCGCCAAAAACUUUAUCCUCGGCCAAUUAAAUCCACGUCUACCAAAAAGUUCUUUAACCUCUAUCAGGGAAUUUUGUUUGUUCGAUAAGAUUACUUUCAUCUUCGAGCCCUCUUGCUUCAUCCUAACUCCAUCUCUCGGCAACUUCGUUUACAUUCAAUUCAGAAGUUGGACGGUGGACACUUUUGGAAAUUUCAAACUGGUACAACUCCUUUAUUUUCGCAGGCUCUGUACUUCUCAUACGGUUUUGGCGCGUUUGUGAGCCCACUUAUCGCAGAGCCCUUUCUCAGCGGAAGUCCCCAUCCAGAUCUUGGGCUGCCGGCAGCCAAAAGGGGGAAUCCGCUGCCCUACGGUGGGAUGGGACAUCGCAGUCAUCAUAAGUUAUCCCACAGACCUACCAACCAUAUGAGAGACACAUUUAGCACUGGAUCUGAGGAAUACAAAAGCGAGGUCCAAGUAGCAUACUGGAUUAUAGCUUUAGCACAUGUGAGUUUAUUUGCUUAAAAUGACGUUUAUCCUUUCCAAUUCGGUCCAACCAGCGAAAUGAGGAAAAAAUGAGGUAGAUGAAGGUUUUAGUAGGCCAGGGGAGAGACUCGCCCAUCGCCCUCAGGUCCGCGCAGUUUUAACGGAGCCUUUUGGCUUAUCGGCAAAGAAAUAAAGAGAAAAAAAGAGCUGACAUGCAACUGAAAAUCAUGAAAGAACCAUAUAGGAUCUAAUAACAAUUUGCACGAUAAAACUUUUUUUUUUCUUUCGUUGUAGUUGCCAGUGGUGGUAGGUCUUGCAUAUAUUGUCAUCGCGGACAAGUGGGCGGAGCAUAAGUUAAGACAAGCAGCUGUCGAGGCCAAGGCAGAAAAAGAGCGCAGAAGCUCGGAUAUCCCGGAUGCAGAAGUACAAGGUGCUGUAGAAAACCGGUUCUUUAAUUAUGCUUCUGAGAAUGACUGAUCAAACAUAGAAAGAAAAGUUUUCUUCACAAACGACCAAUAUGAACGUAAAGAAUAAACAUUUAAAUUGCAUGAAACGUGGAAAAACGCUUAUGAUCAAGUCGUUACUGAUUUUUAUCUUGGGUCUGAGGGACCAGUUAUAAUUUACCAUCUGUGGGAGGGGAGGGUCGGAUAACUUUUAGGGGAACAGAGGGGGAUCAGUCGUCGCUAACAGAGUCGGAAGGUGGGACUAUAGAAAAUUGAGUUAUUUCUUUAUCCCAUUCCCCGUCUCUCCCCUCCCCUCUUCCCUCCUUUAGGAGUCCAGCUUCUCAGAUCACGGUUGUCUGACAGGGUCAGUUAUUCACGUUGCAUUGUUAGAAUAUAGAAAACUUUAUUGCAUCUAUUUUGAAAACACAUGUGAUCCUUGCGUUCUGAUUGGCUCCAAGCGGUGCGAUUUGUACCUAUUCGAUGAAUCUUUUAUUCGGUAUUAAUUUAACAAUGAGGAUCACCCUCUCAACCAACGAGCGCUCACAUAUUAGUUGAAGGGAGUUUUCUAAAUCAAAUACGGAGGGUGUUGGGGCAAAACAAACGCAACCCUGGGUUACUUUCGACGCUUAACUGAAAUUUUUUUAUAAAAUGAGGUGUUUGCAGUUUUUUACCCUUCCCCCUUUCCGCACUGCUAAGUUAGAAUCGAAUACAACCAUCUUUUAUUCCUCUUAGGAGUUACAACAAAAGUUCACCUUGACAAAGAGACCCUCAAGAAACCGGGUCUAUGUGACAAUCCAAACAAAACACAAGUUCUGUGCAUUACAUUCUGGACUUCAUUUCUAGUUUUUCUUUACGAUGGAAUGCAGGUGAAACAUUUUUCAAUUGUUUUAGUAAACAUAAGGUCAUUCAGGAAGUAGCAAGAAAUUGAUUAAAGAUAUAUUAAGAAAAAGUAACAUCGUCAUACUCAUAUUAUACUUGAAUUUUGUUUUGUCAGGGGUCCUAUGGGGGAUAUGUUUAUACCUACGCAGUGAAGAGCUCAUUACGAAUGACGUCAGCUCAGGGUGCUUUUCUUACUUCUGUGUUUUGGGUGAGUUCUGACCGUUUGCUAGGCAGGGACCUAGGACCCAUUUCUCGAAAGUCCCGAUAACUGCCGUACCUUAAAAUCUAUAUUUCAAGUUUCAAGUCUGACAAUUAUUUAAAAUGUUCAUGUUGUUUUCAGGGAUCCCUGGCAUUAGGUCGUCUCGUAUCCAUACCUAUAGCUUUGUUUUUUUCUCCAGCUGUUAUGCUUCUGGUAGAUUUGGUAAGUUUUCUUUUAUCUUUUUCUACCAUUUGAUAGAUGUAAGACCUUAGAAAAAAAUGUAUAGACUGAACUCAGAGAGGUACUGGGUCGAGUGUUAAAUUUUAACAGAAGAUGAUCCUCUCUUUUCUUUCUCUGAAGAAGUAAUUUAACGAUACAGUUUGAAAUAUUUUUGAUAACUACGCUAUUAGCUGGGUUUCAGGAUCGUCAUAACUAUUUUUACAAUAAACUGAAUAAUUCGAAGUUACGAGUUUUGUUAUAAGAAGAAAAACACUAAGGGGCGACUUCGCUCAGAUGCACGGCGAAAUAACUUGAAAUGACUGACCAUAUGAAGUCAUAAUUUGGUUCUCUUUCAGAUUGGCUGUUUAGUUUCAAGUUUAUUAAUGUUAGUCUUCAGAGCAAGCGAGUCUGCGCUUUGGAUGGGAACUAGUACAUUUGGUCUUUUUAUGAGUAACGUGUUUCCUACAAGUGUGGCGUUAGCAGAGCAGUAUUUCAAUGUCACAGGUUUGUUAAUUUCUGAUGAACUUGGUCUAGUUCCCUGUCAACAACUUACGCAACGCCUGAGGUCACUGUGAAACUCCGAGAAUUUCGCUAGCUUCCCUAUAAUCAUCUCGUUCGUCGCUCGUACUAAUUGGUUUACAGAAGUGCGCGAGAACUGGGGACUAGUUAUACGGGCACAAAGCGGCAAAGCGGGGGCCAAGGGGGGAGUGGGGGGGGACGGGAAAGUGGGAAUGAGAGACACCUUUGCUUCCUCUAACUGCAUGUCUUUCCCUUCUCGCCACUACAAUUUAUCUCUGUUAUUCCAACUUCGUAUGAAAUAAUUUCGGCCCACAGCUAAUGAUUAUGGACAUGUUUACAAUAUGUCCUAUCCCAACUAAGUUCUGUUUUCUCAAUUGUUGUGAUUUUCAGGUACGGUGACCUGCAUGUUUGUUGUUAGUGCAGCCAUAGGUGAGAUGAUAAUUCCACUCAUUGUGGGCAAGGUCUUUGACUACGUUGGUCCAAUCAGCUUCCUAGCCGAGGGAUGCAUCCUGUGUUUCGCGGCAUUUGGAGCUUAUUUAGCUGUACUAAUAUUAGGAAAAGGGGCGGCCUCUCACGAUGUCUCCAGGAGAGAAGGUGAGGAAGUCUUAUAGCUCAGGUCUUUGCAGUGAAACGGAGGUAACUAGCCUUGCACUUGUUAUAGUAUUCCCUAAUCAAUUAUGGACAAGGUCGGCUUUCGUUACAACAGCUCACUGGCUGGAGGCGAAAGUAAUAAUUCUCGUCAUUGAUUGGAUGCUAAUCCAUUUCAGCAUAGAAACCAAUCGUUGUUUAUCGCCGGGGUAGGGGGAGAGGGUAAUUGAUGACCGGUUUCUUCGCCCUGUACCCGAGGCAGCCGUUGAGAAAAGGUUCGAUUCUACUUUUUAAAUUCUUCAGGGCCUACCUUGAGAUAUUAUGUUUUUGUUGACUGUGGUUGGAAUAAACUUGGUGUUAUCUGUCUUAGUGCUCGGAGAAGGAAAAGAUGGCUGUGAGGAAGACGAAGAAAAGCCUGUGGGGGAAACAGAACAAGAUUCUGAUCAACUUAUUUCUAAAGAUAAAUCGCCAAAUAGAUGACAUGAUGUAUGGACGAAGAAGCGAGAUGAAAAAGAGGGAAGCUUAGGGACAAUCUAUAAGUAACACAGGCUAUCCGGCUUCGUACCCAACUUCCUACGUUUGUAAUUGGCCGUGGGAUAUCUGGGGGCGAAUCGACAAAAAUCGUCGUCAUUUGUUGAAGUCAAAUGAAAUGCCAUGAUAGGUACCGUUCCUCUUUUCCAGUAAUCCCGCGUGGAGUCUAGGAAACGAGGUGCACCUCGUUUUAAACAAAGUACAUUUGCAAGGAAGAAAGUGGUUAGAGGAAAAUUCAAAACUUUUUGCUGCGUAUCUUUUUAACUAUGAAUAACAAUGUUCCGGCUUUCAACCUUCCG